AUGCAGCUCGUCGCCGUCCUCGCGCUAUUGUCCGUCGGCGUCUCGGCGCUGGUCGAGGUGGCCCCCAGGGGCAGCCAAAUCAAGAUCUGCGGUUCCAAGCUUCCGUUCUGCUGCAGACACGGCCGGAACCGGUCCAGCCAGUGCUCACAACUCAGGAUCAUGCCAGAGGGAUACAGGCGUUUCAAGGAGCUCUGUCAGCAGAAAUCGCCGACGUGCUGCAAGACGGCGCCGUCCAUCGAGGGACCGCUCUAUGCAAUUGUGGGCGGCAUCUUGGGCACCAACUUUGGAGGCAGCGACUGCUCGCUGGUUUCACCAGAUGAAGACUAG